AUGUUCCACAAAAGCCAACUUCUAGCUCUACUUCUUGCCUCCACGGCUUUAUGCCGUUCUCUUGGAAACCUCAAUCAAGGCAUGCUUCACGAAAGAAGUUUGCCGACCUUGGACGAAUUCCAGUAUCACUCGAUCGAGAAACGUGGAUUGAUUAAGCGUGAAGAUGAUCCUCCUGUAAUUCCAGGAUUAGACCCGGGAAAUGUCAAGCCAAACGAAAACGAUAAGCCGGACGCCCACAAGAACGAGCCAAAGAAAGACCCUAAAGAAGAGAAGAACAAGAAAAAACUUGAAGAUCAGCAGAAGAAAGUCGAUAAAGCUCGGAAAAAGUUCGAGAAAGAACAGAAAAAAUUAGAGAAACUUAAAAAAGGCAAGGAUGGAGGUAAAAAACACGAGACGGGUGGAAAGAAAUCAAGCACGGGCGACGGCGGGGGUGGGAAAACAAACGGAGGCGGAAGCAAACUUCAAGAAGUCGGCGGCGGAGGAAGUGGGACCGUUGGCGGAGGCGGUGGAACCGUUGGCGGAGGCGGUGGAACCGUUGGCGGAGGAGGUGGAACCGUUGGCGGAGGAGGUGGAAAGGUUGGCGGAGAAGGUGGAAAAAAUGACGGAGGAGGUGGAAAAAAUGACGGAGGCGGUGGAAACAAUGGUGGAAACAAUGACGGAAGCAAUGGCGGAAGCAAUGGCGGAAGCAAUGGCGGAAGCAAUGGCGGAAGCAAUGGCGGAAGCAAUGGCGGAAGCAAUGGCGGAAGCAAUGGUGGAAGCAAUGGCGGAGACGAUGACUGA